AUGUCCCGCAGCGCGGCGGCCAGCGGGGGACCCAGGAAGCCUGAGCAGCAUCUGCCCCCAGCCCCCUGUGGGGCCCCGGGGCCCCCUGAAACUUCCAGGACGGAUCCAGACGGGGCGGGCACCAUGAAUAAGUUACGGCAGAGCCUGCGCCGGAGGAAGCCAGCCUACGUGCCCGAGGCCUCGCGCCCGCACCAGUGGCAGGCGGACGAGGACGCUGUGCGCAAGGGCACGUGCAGCUUCCCGGUCAGGUACCUGGGCCACGUGGAGGUGGAAGAGUCGCGGGGUAUGCACGUCUGUGAAGAUGCCGUGAAGAAACUGAAGGCGAUGGGCAGGAAGUCCGUGAAGUCAGUCCUGUGGGUGUCAGCCGAUGGACUCCGCGUGGUGGAUGACAAGACCAAGGACCUGCUGGUGGACCAGACCAUCGAAAAAGUCUCCUUCUGUGCUCCCGACCGCAACCUGGACAAAGCGUUCUCCUACAUCUGCCGGGACGGGACCACCCGCCGCUGGAUCUGUCACUGUUUCCUGGCUCUCAAGGACUCUGGUGAGAGGCUGAGCCACGCUGUGGGCUGUGCCUUUGCCGCGUGCCUGGAGCGGAAGCAGCGGCGGGAGAAGGAAUGCGGGGUCACUGCCGCCUUCGAUGCCAGCCGCACCAGCUUCGCCCGGGAGGGCUCCUUCCGCGGGCGGCCGGCCGAGCGCGAGGCCCCGGACAAGAAGAAAGCAGAGGCAGCGGCUGUCCCCUCCGCGGCUCCCGGCCCUGCCCAGCCCGGGCAUGUGUCCCCGACACCGGCCACCACGUCCCCUGGUGAGAAGGGCGAGGCAGGCACGCCGGUGGCCGCAGGUACCACUGCGGCUGCCAUCCCGCGGCGCCACGCGCCCCUAGAGCAGCUGGUCCGCCAGGGCUCCUUCCGCGGGUUCCCGGCCCUCAGCCAGAAAAACUCGCCUUUCAAGCGGCAGCUGAGCCUGCGCCUGAACGAGCUGCCAUCCACGCUGCAGCGGCGCACUGACUUCCAGGUGAAGGGCACAGGUGAGCGCGGGCCCUGGGACGGCGCGGCGGGGAGCCGAGCGCCUGGGGAGCGCGCGUGCGCCGAGACCCCGCCCAGGCCCGCCCAGGUGGCUGUGUUCCUGCCACCCCCACACAUGCAGCCCCCCUUUGUGCCCGCCUACCCGGGACUGGGCUACCCACCCGUGCCCCGGGUGCCCGUGGUGGGCAUCACCCCCUCGCAGAUGGUGGCCAACGCCUUCUGCUCAGCCGCCCAGCUCCAGCCUGCCACCCUGCUCGGGAAAGCUGGGGCUUUCCCUCCCCCCAUGGCACCCAGUGCCCCUGGGGCGCAGGCCCGCCCACGCCCCAAUGGGGCGCCCUGGCCCCCCGAGCCCACACCUGCCCCGGCCCCUGAGUUGGACCCCUUCGAGGCCCAGUGGGCGGCGUUAGAAGGCAAACCCGCCGCGGAGAAGCCGCCCAACCCCUUCUCGGGGGACCUGCAGAAGACCUUCGAGAUUGAACUGUAGCCCAAGCUGCCGCGCCCACCCAUCCUCUGGUGCCCCACGCCUGGGAGUGGAGGCCCAACCGCGCCCCUCAUCCUACUCCCUGGGGCUGUGCCCCCCCACGCCCUCCAGCCCCUCCUCUCAGCCACCCCCACAACCACUACAGAACCGAUACAGUGACGCCCAGGCUGCGGCAGGACGGAAUUCAGGGACGGACUCAGCCUGGCUGAGGGACCCAUUUCAUCGCCGGACUUAAGCUGGCGAUGCCCCUUGCCCCCCACGCCCCAGACACGGGGAUGGCCGCCACCCCACUGAGUACCCUCCAUCCAGGCUUCAUUUCCCAGUUUCUGUUGUUGACCUUCCACCUUCCAGUGUUGGGUGGGAUGGAGGCGGGAUGCCCACUUCGGGGCUCUCCCAGGCCCCACCCGAGUGCCCGAGUUCGGUCGUCCCCCCCAUACUCAGCACAAGCAAAGGGCUUCCCUCUGCCCACCCGCUGCGUUCACUGCCAAUGCUGUGCUCCCCCUCCCCCCACUUGGGGGCCCACCUCUUUCUCGGGCCUAGUCUCAUGGGGGCGGGGGCAGGAGGCGGGUAGGGGGACAGGGAAGGAGACUGCUCAGUUACCUCACGUUGGUGCCCGUUGGGGAGGUGUCCGGGAAUCAGGGGGAGCGGUGCCUGGCGGGUACUUUUCUAUCUUUUAUUUCCAGAUUUUUUUGUAUCUAAACUUGCAGAUUUGUAUUAUACAGGACAGCCAAUAAAGGAAGAAUAUAACGGUG